GGAUCCCCUCUUGUACUGAGUCUAGCCUAAGCAGCGGCGGGCACGCGCAUCCCAGUAGCCAGUAGGAGGGGCCACGCUGACGAGUUCGCUCCCCACAUGCUACGUGCUGACGUCGCAAGAAGGAGGAAGUGAAGCGUUCUCUCCCAUAAUGGCGGAGAGUAUUGAUCAGGUGAGUAUACUGGGAAGCUCCAACCAGCAACAGGAUCUUGCUUCAAUUCACUGCUCUCAGCAAUGCAGUCCAUUAUGGGAUGAUGACAGCAGCAAUGUGAAGUAUUAGGACAGACAAGCCAUGGAUGAGAUGAGGUAACUGCAGACCAGUGACUAUAACCACAUUUCAAUGGAUACAAAGUACAAAGAAGACCUCUUCAGAAAAUAUGUACAGUUCCAUGAGUCCAAGCUGGAAGCUUCAGACAGUAAGCAGCGAGCCAUUAGCGAUGAGUAUCUUCGCACUGCCGCCUCUGCCUUACUCAGCCUGCCAAAAAUUGAUCCCAUAUAUCGAUUUCGGCUGAUCAGGUUCUACGAAGUUUGUGAGAAUUCCCUGAAAUCCAUGCGGACUUCCAAUUUACGCUCCCUCCAUAAUGCAGCUGCUAUGCUGGAGACCAUCGGUAUUAAUCUCUUCCUGUAUCCAUGGAAGAAAGAAUACAAAAAUAUCAAGACAUACACUGGGCCAUUUGUUUACUAUGUGAGAUCUGCUUUAAUUGAUGAAGACAUCAUGCAUAUUUUGAAUGAUAUGGGUUAUGUGAAAGAUCUGGGCACAGUCUACAGACUAAAAGAACACGUAGACACCACUCAAGUCAAGAGAGUUUCCUUUGAACUUUUUCUAGCAAGAGUUGAAUGUGAACUUCUACUGGAAAUAUAUUUGCAAGUAAAAGAUAAAGGAUACUUGGAGCUUGAUGUAGUAAAUGAGCGCAGGAACAGUAAUGAAGAUGUUAGAGGGUGUACGGAUGAAAUGAAGAGGCGUUCUGAGUGUAAAGAAUCCUUAAACAUAUCCAUGGCAAGGAUGGUCCUUCAGAAAUCUGCCAGCGAAAGAGCUCCUUCGAAAGAUUAUUUCAAACAGAAGGUAACCAAACCAUCCAAGUCAGUUGAUGCAUAUGAUAGCUACUGGGAUAGCAAGAAUAAGCCUCCUCUAACAGCCCCACUUAGCCUGAGAAAAGAAGCCAUUUUGGUAGAUGGAGAAGAUGACCUGAAAAAUGAAAUCAUGCGUCCUUCGUCCUCUUUGCUGGCCAUGUCUAGCUCUCUGCAUGGCUGCUCCGAUGAGUUUUUAAAUCUUUCGUCCAACCCUAAUGGACUUUUACGAGCGAAUGCAACAUUUGGUUAUUUUCCUAAUGAAGAUGAUGUAGAUUUAUAUACGGACAUGGAUUCUAGAAUGUUAAAUGUCAAAAGGCAGGAGCUUGCAAAGCCCGAUGUCUGGCUAUUUGAAAACAAGAUGAAUCCGUCUUAUCAUAAGCGUUCGCAUGUAGCCAAAGAGACCGUUUUGAUGAAGUGCCAAAAUUGUGGUGUGUCCUCCAGUGGCUCUAUAUGCCAAAAGUGUGACAGUAUGCUUAUUUAUAGACCAGACUGUCCUCUGCUCAAACAGAGCAACUUGCCUAUCAAAACUUCUGUUCAGAAUGACAGUUACUCCUCUGGCUCAGUGUUGCGCGAGAAGCUUUCCUUUGGGACGUCGUCCCAAGACAGGGUUUCUCAGCAAAACCCCAAAAUGAAGCCUUCCACAACACUCCGCUGUGGCUUUUGCAACCGAGCCGGGGCUUCCAACACCUGCACAGUCUGUUCCAAAGUCUCGUGCGAUGCUUGUGUUGUUGCCUAUUCCCACGAAUAUUGUUGCAGAAAAAGCGAUCAUCAUAAAUUUGCAUCAAACAAUCAGCUAAAUUAUAAAUCCUCCCAACUAUCACAUAUUGUGUACAGAUAAAUUUGCACCUAUUAGUUUUCUCUUUUUUUUCUUUUUUAAGGGCUAAGGGACCGGACCUCCAGACUGGAAUUUACCACUGACCGUUAGAACAAAAACCAGACUGAAUAUUUCAGGGGAAAUUACAAUCAGUGCUUUGUGGUUACUCCUAGUCAUUGCUGCUACACCAUGGAGCAAUAAAUCCUUGUGGGCUUGCUAUUCAAAUUAAAGUUCGUUUCAUUAAGUAGAGAAA